AUGAAGAUGAUUUGGUGGAAGAAACUCUGCUGGCAGCAUAACCUGUGGACCCUGGGCUGCUAUUUGCUGUUGGCCAUUGUUGCUCUGAGAUUCUCUGUCAGAUUGAAAUGUGACUUUGAUUCCCUGGAUCUGGAGUCCACAGAUUUUCAAAGCAAGCACUGUAAAGAUAUCUUGUACAAGUCCCUGCUGUUGACAGCAAGGAGAUCCAUCAACUGUUCUAAAAUCAUCCAAGGGGACAAGGAAACAGUGAUUGAGGCUCUCCUGGACAGGGUGGAGGUCAAGAAGCAGGAGCCUUUCAUAGACACUGACUACAUCAAUAUGACCAGAGACGGUGAGUACCUUAAAGCCAAAAGGAAGUUCAUACCGUACCCACUCAGCAAAGAAAAGUUAGACUUCCCUAUUGCAUACUCUAUGGUGGUCCACGAGAAGACUGAAAACUUUGAAAGGCUGCUGAGAGCUGUGUAUACCCCUCAGAACAUAUAUUGUGUUCACGUGGAUGAGAAGACACCAGACACUUUCAAAGAGGCAGUCAGGACAAUUAUUUCAUGCUUCCCAAAUGUCUUCAUGGCCAGGAAGUUGGUUCGGGUAGUUUAUGCCUCCUGGUCCAGGGUGCAGGCGGACCUAAACUGUAUGGAAGACUUUCUUCAGAGCUCAGGGCCAUGGAAAUACUUCCUGAAUACAUGCGGAACAGACUGUCCUAUAAAGACCAAUGCCAAGAUGGUCCUGGCCCUCAAGAUGUUGAAUGGGAAGAACAGUAUGGAGUCUGAGAUACCUACUGAGUACAAAAUAUCUUGCCGGCAAUAUCACUAUGAGGUAAAAGACACAAUAUACAUAACCAACAUGUGUAUAUGUAAGAUGAAGGACCCUCCGCCUAAUAAUUUACCUAUGUUCACGGGAAAUGCCUACAUUGUGGCUUCUCAAGGCUUUGUCCAACAGGUCUUCAAGAACCCCAAAGCCUGGCAACUGAUUGAGUGGCAAGAUAAUUAUAUCCCCGAUGAACACCUCUGGGCCACGCUUCAUUGUGCCCCAUGGAUGCCUGGCUCUGUUCCCUACCAGCCCAAGUUUCACAUGUCAGACAUGGCUGCCAUUGCCAGGCUGGUAAAGUGGCGGGGCCAUGAAGGAGACAUCAGCAUGGGGGCACCUUAUGCACCUUGCUCUGGAACCCACCAGCGGUCUAUCUGUAUUUAUGGCAUUGGAGACCUUCAUUGGAUUCUUCAGAAUCAUCAUCUGUUGGCCAACAAGUUUAACCCGAAGGUGGAUGAUAAUGUUCUUCAGUGCUUAGAAUACUUAUGGUAUAAGGCCAUCUGCAGACUGAACUCUGAGAUACACUGA